AUUAAGUUUCAGAGAUCCAGUACACUAUGGAAAGCCUCAUCCCAAAUUCAUUCUUUCACAGGACAGCAAAGGUGAAGUUACUUUCCCAAAGUCAUACAGUGACUUGGUGACACAGCUGGAGCAUGAGUGUUCAUCAAUUACACUCCAACAAGAUCAGCAGGGCACUGGAUGGGGCAUAUUUUCCAUAAAGCCAACUGUGUGAAUUCAUUUCACACUGAAAGAGAAUAAGCAAACCAAGUUGGAGCAACAAUUCUACUCCUUACAGCACUCAGGUUUAUACCCUGUUUCCUAGAGGAAAAGAUCGAUGCAACUUUUCAACCAUGACUAAAUUUGUCCUCCAGGGACUAACAAGACCAACCGGAACUCAAACUGCCCCUUUUUCUCCUGUUUCUAGUGGUCUAUGGGAUCACUGUAGUGGGAAACCUGGGUAUGAUCCUCCUAAUCACUGUUGAUUCCAAGCUCCAAAUUCCCAUGUACUUUUUUCUUGGUAAUUUGUCAUUCAUAGAUCUCGUCUAUUCCUCAGUUGUUACCCCCAAACUGUUAUGAAACUUUAUACAGGAACAAAUUGUUAUCUCAUAUUCUGGAUGCAUGACACAGCUCUUUUUCUAUUGCACAUUUGCUAUUGCUGAGGGCUAUAUGCUGGCAGCCAUGGCAUAUGAUAGAUAUGCAGCUGUCUGUAAUCCACUGCUCUACAGUGUCACCAUGUCCCAAAAGGCAUGCAGCAUACUGGUAACAGGGGUCUAUAUCAUGGCAUCUCUUGGAGCUGUAGCCCACACUUCCUCUAUGAUCAGGCUUUCUUUCCACGGGGAGAAUGUCAUCCACCAUUACUUCUAUGACAUAAUUCCCCUCUUACAGCUUUCCUGCUCUAGCACCUACUUUAAUGAGCUUCUAGUGACACUCAUGGGUGGAUUUAAUGUGUUGGCAACAACUGGGCCCAUAGCCAUUUCUUAUACCUUCAUACUCACCAACAUUCUUCGAAUACCCUCAAGUGAGAGCAGGUCCAAAGCCUUUAGUACCUGUGGCUCUCAUUUGACAGCUGUUGGGGUCUUCUACGGAUCCAUCAUGUUUAUGUAUUUCAAGCCAACAUCCAGCCACAGCAGGGUCCAGGAGAAGGUGGCCUCUGUGUUCUAUACCACAGUGAUCCCUAUGCUGAAUACCUUGAUCUACAGCUUAAGGAAUAAGGAUGUAAGAUAUGUUCUGAGCAAAGUAAUGAGAAAGAGAUGUGGCCUACUCCAGAGUUAGUGGACAUAACCACUAAGGAUCAUGGUGGCCACUCGACCCCUUCUUUUUCUUAAAACUAACUUCCUUAUUUCUUAAAAUUAACAUUCAAUAAUUUUCCCUUUUCCCAUUUCCUCUAACAGUUGCCCAGUUUAUGAAGUUUCUGCAAACACACACACACACACACACACACACACACACUACUAUUUCUUGAGCCAACUAUGCCAAAAUGUAAGGAGUCAUUGGUCUUUGAUAAGCCUGGACAUGUUUACUUAAAAAUAUUCUUCUGAAUUAAAUUUGCACAUUCUAGUUCAUUCCCUAUUGAGAAAAUCUGGAGUAGAUUUUUUUUUCCUUUAGUUGGGGUGAGUUUGCAUUCAUCACCUUCUGUCUCACAUAACUAGCUUUGUAACAUUCAGUGUAAGUCUUACCAGAUUAGGCUUAACACAGUAGUAAUCUUAGCAAUUAAUCAUAGGACAAAUUCAAAAACUAGGUAUAUACUUUGCUAAUUUGAAGUCUCCUUGUGGGUCCUCUCCCUUUUAUUGUUCUGCUGUGUAUCUUAUGAAAAUUAAUCAGGGAAUCAAUUCCCAAAUUAAUGAACCUUCAUAAAAACUUAAAAGCAGACAUAAAUAGCAAAAUAAUAAGUUCAUAGCAGGCCAGGGAGGUUGUUUUCAGAAAGGAAUAUAUAUCCUAGCAAAUUACGCAAGCAAUUUGACCUUUAAAAAAUUUAAUUUCAUAGGUGAUAGAUUUUCCUUAAUCUCAAAGAGACUGAAUCAUGGGCAUGCUCCUAGAAGGCAGCCUAACUAAUUCUCUUCUGCUCCCCAUUUCCUCCUACUCCAUUUACAGAUGUUAUGUCCAGUGUGAUAACUGUUUUCUUGUGGGAAUGACUUACAGGGUAGGUAAGGAUCAUGCCAAACAACCUCAUCCACUCAAGGCCUAAGUUUCCUGCUGUUCCUCUUCCAGCCUCCACUGCCGAAAGGGAAACUCCAUUGGCAGGGCCCAUGCUUUCCCAUGGAGGAACUCAUGGGAUAACGUCUCUGUCCAUGCAUCCCACCCAUUUCUCAAUAUUCUUUGUAAAAAUAAGAAUAACAAUUUAAAAACUGAUCAAGCUAAGCUCCUAUACUUCUUCUUCAUUUCUUUCUUAUCUUAAUAGCUUUAUUGAGGCAUAAGAGACAAAUUAAAUGUGUACAAAUUGUAUACAUUAAAUAUAUACAAUUGGAUAAUUGUACACACAACACCAUCACUACAGUCAAUUUGGUGAAUAUAUUCAUCAUCCUUAAAUGUUUACU